UUACAUAGAUACCUACCUAUCUAUUGUUUUAGUUUUGUGUGUGUUAUAAUAAAUGUAUUUGAAACACAAUUAUAAGUCAGCAUUUAAAAUAUUUAUGACUACCCUGAUAUUUCUUUUUGAAAAGUAAAUGAUUUCAAUCAAACUUUGUUUCGCUAUAGUUAUUUACUAUACAAAUAAAUCUAGGUGGCUAUAGAUAUAGUGAAGACUAAAGCACACUGAAGUCACUCAUUGGAAGGUCUCUUUUGUUGAUGAAAUCGAAGACCUUCCCAUGCAUAGCUGAAGUAUCGAUGCGCGAGUGUUUGAUGUGCUUAAGUAACUGUAAUCGUACAAUGGUAUAGCUAUCAAAGUUAUCAGUGGAAAAUACUGUUUUUAGCAAUAAGCUAUAAUGACGUUUGUGAAUUGGUGUUAAAUAUUUGGUGCGCGAAAUAUCGAAUCAAAUAAAAUGGCAGUGAAGAAACAUGAACUGGUCGCUGACAACCGAAAGCACCUGGAUCUCGCUGCGCUAGCGCAGUACAUUCAGUUGAUGAAUGAGCAGCCUACUUAUCUACCACCUCCCCAUGAACUUGUUAAGAAUUGUCAAGAUAUUGUCAAAUGUCUUAGUCGGGCGACGGGCACAGAGCAGGAACUUUGGCAGUUGCUUCGUUCCAUAGAAGAGUUCUUACUACGCGUUGUAAAUACCGUGAACUGUGAUGUGCGCCAUGAGAUCAUCACGGCUGUUAUGGAUAAAUUCUAUUCAUAUAUAUCUGAUCCACAAUCGGACGCGUGCCCCGCAACAUCCGUAGUAUUAAUAGUGAUCGAUGAGUCCGAGGCUGAAGCUGGCCUGUCCUCGGCCAGGUGGCUCGUGCAGCAGGAGAGCGGCCCGGCCGGCGCGGGCCUCCGCUCGGCGCUCUCGUGCCUCUACCGCUGGCUGGCCGAGUGGCACGGCACACCGACCCUGGGCAGCUGGAUAAUAUGCUUCAUCAAGGCUCUUGAGGAAAACGAGCUGUUCGAUAUAUUGAUCGAAGUAUCGGUUGAUAACAUCGCGAAUCUAUUCACGGCUAUUAACAAUCCCGUGCCGCUCCGGCAGACGGUAGCGGAUGUCAUCCUUCACGUGCUCGCUUCUUUGCAGGAGUCUGCUGAAGCCUUUGAUAGGAUAUCGCCACACGUGGGCGACGUUCUGGUGAGCCUCGCCGCAGACAGUGGCCAGUGGAGCAGGCAGCUGUUGCAGAAUCUGGUCGAUAUCCUCACGGCUAUGAUGAACCGCAAUAUGGAGGCUUUGAGAGGCGACAACUUGUACAUAUUCCGCGAUGAAUAUGCACACGUGAUUGAAUGCCUGGAGCGCCAUAUGGCAUCUGGGGAAUGUGAGUUAUUGCAACUUCAACCUUGGAAAACCCGUAAAGUUGGUCAAACAAGCAUGCCUGCGAAGACGCCCGUACGGAAGGUGGGCCUUCUCAACCUCGGCAACACCUGCUAUAUGAACAGCGUGAUGCAAGCCCUUCUGGUCGCGAGGCAGUUCAGCAACCACGUGGUGCUGAAUAUGAAUGCGGUGCCGUACUGGUCGAAGAUGGGCGUGCUGUUCGCUAAGAUGAUGCACUCGAUCACCACCAAGCUGAAUCCGGGGGACUUCUUCUCGGUCGUCAAGCCGCCUUUCUUUACGAGGGACAACCAACACGACAGCUCGGAGUUUUUGGGUUACCUCUUCGAGUUGCUGCAAUCUUACGAGCACAGCUCCGAUAGAAACUUCGACUACUCGCGCCCGGCGGUUUUGAAUGCGAACCGUUUUCGCUUUAUCCACCCUCACGCCCAGGCUUUGCCGUCUUCUCACUACAGCGAAGAGCAUUCAGAACCGAAUCGCGCUCGUCGCUCCUGCUCGCCCCGACCUGGCAGCAGCACCGCUGCGGGAUCCUGCUCCAGCGUGCUGAAGCGUCCGGUGGAGGGCGAGCCGCUGGGCUCGCAGAAGAAGCGCUUCCGCAUGAAGGAGACGGUGUUCCUGCGUCGCGACUCGUUUAUCGACUCGAUGUUCGGCGGCGUGCUGCUCACGCGCAUCGAGUGCGUGCAGUGCCGCUCGUCGUCGCUGUCGCGCGACGUGUUCCGCGACCUGCAGCUCGCGUUCCCGGAGAAGCCCGAGGGCUGGCAGCACAGCGUGCAGAGCCUGCUCGAGUACUACUGCUCGAAGGAGAGCCUCACCGGCGAUAACCAGUACGAGUGCAACGACUGCGGCGGCCUGCGCGACGCCGAGCGGAGCGUCAUUAUCGAGACGACGCCCAAGUAUUUGAUACUUGUUUUGAAGAAUUUCAAGUUCGACGCGAAGCUGCAGGUGCAGACGAAGCUGAUGCUGUCGAUGCUGCACAACAUGACGAUCACUCUGCCGACGGUGCGCUCGCAGCAGGACCACUCGUCGUACAUCCUGUUCGCGGCCGUCAUCCACGCGGGCACCACGCUCGACUCCGGCCACUACUACACCCUGGCGAAGGACUCCGACCAGUGGUACAUGUACAACGACGACGUGGUCACGAUCGCCGAUGAGAUGGAGCUGAGCAAGCUGAACCGCUCCAGCACCCCGUACAUCCUGUUCUAUCGGCGCACCGACGUCGAGGAGGGCGCAGCGCCAGCUCUCGAGAACCUGCCGCCGCGCGUCCAGGAGACCGUCCUCUCCCACAACAAGGAGUACGUCGAGACUGUCCGCCAGAUGUGCCGCACUCGCCCAUGACGGUUAAGGUCCGACAAGUAUGUCGACUUCUCCGUCUUGGACUACGUCGAUUCCGAGUAAACGGCUCGCCACGAAGGCGGCGCUCGUGUACGCAAUUUUAUGUUCCACGCUUGUUUAUCGAUGUCUAUAAUACGUUCUAUGCGCCGCCUUCACCCACUUAGUGUUAUUGUGGAGACAAUUCUCCGUCUCGCCGGCUUGAGCCCGAGACUAUAUGUUAGAUAUAUUUGUAAGCCGUUACUACGGAUUAAGUCCAUGUUAGUUAUCUAAGUCCAUUAUCAAAUAGAACAUCUGCAUUGCGAGCGCGAUUCAUUGACGCUGACCGACCCCUUCCCUGUUUGCACAUCGAGACACAAUUUGAAACUAAUUAUUAUUUAAUUAGAACCAAGGCCUUGCUGUAUGGCCACAUACAGUCAGUAAUCAUCAUCAUCAUCACAUAUACGGUCGCAUAAUACGGUCCCAGUCAGAAUGGCGCUCGCACACCGGCGCCGGUGAAUUAACCGGCGAUCGAGGUUCGAGCAUCAAACUUAGUAUAGACAUGUAGAGGCAUGGCGUAUUCAAUUACAUUCAUUAUCAUCUUUUUAUCGAUCUUUCGAUCUUUCAAAACAUCACGGGUAAGGCUUAAUCACAUUGGCACCUGUAUUAUAUGGUGAUUAUUUAAAAAUAUUAUAAAUGUAUCACAAUACCUAUGAGUAGAUUUAGAAAUAUGUUAUGUAUUAUAUUGAUAGAUAGAUUUGUUUUUGUUUUUUACUUAUAUUUUUAAUAUAUAACCAACUUGUUUCGUGUAAUUACAAUUAUUAUAGAUAAUAAACCUAGUAGUCUAUAAUAUUUAAUUACUAAAUAUAUAAUUCAAUCGUGUUUGCUGGGAAAACAUAAUCCAUCUAUCCUGUGGCAAGAAGAUAUGGGGUUUAUUCUAGUUUCACUUUAUUGUAAAAUUAUGUAGUGUUAAAAACGAAAUUGUUUAUCGUUAAGUUCGGCAUUUACUGCUGUCGAUGAUUUGAUACUCGGUAUGAUUUGUUUCAAAGAAAAAGAUUUUUUUUUUUAUAAAACUUUACUAUAUGUUUCUUUGUUUUUUUUUUGUUUGGGUAUUCAUCAUUACAGCAGAGGAGUUUUGUAAUUACGAAUAAAUAUACCUGAAUGUGAAUUCUUAAGUAAAA